UUCAGAAGAACAUUAGCAUUCCAAAAGACAAUCAGCUUAACUAGAUCAUCUGAAUUCCUCACAAUGAAGUUAAUCCCACUCUAUUAUCUGCUCACUUUCACUUUCACUGCCCACAUUGUCUUUUGCCAAAACACAAGUAGUCCAGAUCCACUGUACCAUUUCUGUUUCGGCGAACAAACCUAUUCCAGUUCUUAUGGUAAAAAUUUGCAAGCUUUGCUCAAUUCAUUCUCCGUUACUGUUCCUCCUACUGGCUUUGGUCUUGGCUCUAUGGGACAAGCAGAAGACCGUGUUAAUGGAUUCGCACUUUGCCGAGGUGACAUAGAAUAUCAUGAUUGUAAUACAUGUUUAGCUACAGCAACUAGUGAGAUUCAUAAGCGUUGUUCUUACAACAAAGGAGCAGUCAUAUGGCAUGAUAAUUGUGCAGUUAAGUACUCAGAUGAGAAAUUCCUUGGUAAGAUUGAUGUCACAAACAAAGUUUACAUGUGGAACUUGAACAACGUAAGUGAUCCUAGUGUUUUUAAUAAGAAAACAAGAGACUUCAUUACAAGUUUAUCAGAGAAGGCUGUAGUUCGUACUAGCAUGAAGCUGUUUGCGACCGGAGAAAUGGCACUGGGAGGAUAUUCUGAUGAGAAGUUGUAUGGUUUAGUUCAAUGUAGUCGGGAUUUAUCGUCAAGUGAUUGCAAGAAGUGUUUGGAUGAUGCAGUGAAUGAAUUACCAAAUUGUUGUGAAGGUAAAAGAGGUGGCAGGGUCAUUGGUGGAAGCUGCAACAUUCGAUAUGAAUUGUACCCUUUUGUCAAGGCUUAAUUAAUAACAUACAGAUCGUCAGUCACACCUAAACUUCUAUACCAAUAUUUUGUAUUUGUAUAUUCAUUAUAAUAAGUUCUAAUUUGA